CUAACUACUUCAAUGUAAUUAAAUCAGAUUACAACAUUUGCGCAUGGACUAUAACAAUGAUUUCAGAUAAUUUGCCAAACUAUUUCGCUCAGUGUAGAAAAUAAGCAUGUUUUCUCAGCGUGCUAAGUUGUGUAUCAAUCAAAGUCAUGCUGUGAAAAAGGUACAUCCGAUAUCAAAGGCACCGACAGCUACUGUCGCUUCUCCUUGAUCGUUAUUCUCGGGUAAAAGCUUAUUUAGCGAAGAUAUAAAGAAAAUUGAAAAAGAUUAUAGAAAUAAAGGUUUAUUUAGUGUGGAUCUACAAAAUAAAGUUUGAAUUUCACUUAAUAAAAUUGGAUCAACGCCAGACGCAUAUAAAGAAGAUUUAGGUAAGAGACCUAUCGAUUCGCCACAACAUACACGUCAUUCUGAACGAAAUUAUCAGUCAAAAUCAGACAGUCAAUAUUUUGAAAAUAAAAAAAUUACUGUAAGAAUUGAUUCCAAACAUUUAUAUCAAACAACUUCUGGUUCCACAAACUAUAGAAAAUGAUUUAUAGGUUUUUGGUGGUUUUUAUCAACAAUAUUUAUUAACAACAGAAUUAUUGGAGUUGUCCGAUGAAGAAAGUAUGUACCGACUUCGUAAGGUUUUAAAAGAAGAUGCUAGAAGAUCAGUUAAAGGUUUAUUAUGUUUUACUGCAUCGGAAUGAAGCCAAGGAUGAAAAAUCACUUUCGUGCUCAUCAACUUAGCGUCUGGUUACGUCUAAUCCCAGAGCUACAUAGAGCCGGUAUGGAAGAUGUAGUAGCCAGACACAACUUAUUUAGAAACCACAACAGUGCCGACCUCUAUGAAGGAGCCGUCCGCCCAGACCCACUAUCUAGAUUAAAUUACUACGAUCCCACGAUGGAACUGAUUAGAAGACGAACAAACUCCAGUAUAACGACUUUAGAAUCUCCGACAACUAUUGAAACUGUAGUUACGACUUGCGUUAACGUUGUAUCUUCGGGUAAUUAUAAUCACCAAAUAUUCCAAAGUCACAAUUCCACUGACACUUUGGCUAGCUUAGAAGCAGCAGGAUAUGCUGCUUACAGUACAGCGUUAAGUGUCACAAUUGCUAUUGGUUGCAGUUUAUUAAUUCUGAACGUUCUCAUCUUCGCUGGCGUGUAUUAUCAAAGAGAUAAAACAAGAAUGGAAGUGAAGAACCUACAGCAACAACAAAGCCGAAAUCAAGCUGCUUUUGAAACUAUAUCAAAGCAACAAUAUCAUUUAGGUCACUCUCAGAGUUCUAAUGUUAUAGUAAACGUUGAACAAGAUACAGCUUUGAUACUAGCAGCUAAUGCACAGCAAGAAGUUCAUAAUAUGAACAAAAUGCAACAUUUGUAUCCUCAAGCUAUUUCGAAUACGUUAAAAGCUCCGCCUCCUAGUCCAAAUGUCAUGAUGCAAAACUGCAUGACCCUCCCUAAAAAUAUGUCAGUUCAUAACUAUCAACAACAGGGUUGUAUGACGCUGCCAAAGAAUUCUUCAAUGGCCAACAAUACAGCAUGUAUUAUUGCUGAAAUGCAACAACAUGGGUAUGUACAGCCGCCGAAUGGGAAUGCAACGAUGCCGCUUAGCGUGCCCAAACCACCACCACCUCCUAGAGCGAAGAGUCCCGAAAGCCAACCACUGUUAAAUGCUCAGCACAAUAAUAUAAAUAAGUGCAACAUGAGAGUUCCUCGUGCUGCGAUGAGUGAAAUGAGAGUGUGAUAAAAAUCAGUGUUUUAAACUAUAAUUGUAUUCGAACUUGAUCUUCAUAUUCGUCCAAAGAGAAGUCUAUCAGUUUUUGUUUGUUCGAUAAUCUGAUUUUAAAAAUAAUACUGAAGAUAUAGGAACG